CAAUUACAAUGUUCCAAUAAGAAGAAUCUCGGGGAUUGUGAUAACUCGGUUUUGUUCUUCUCUUCCCGUUGCCCAUCGAAGCGAUCGGAAGCAAGAAGCCAUCUCACUUGCCGGAAAUCUUAUCUGUUUAAUCCUCGACUCAAGCACGAACGAAACGAUAAACUUCACCUCUCCCUCUCUCUGUGUUCGUAUGUCUGUCUUCUACUGGCUGUCUGUAUUCAUUUCGGCGUCAGCACUUUUCGUGUGAUUUCUCGGAAAUGGAUUCAUGGUUUCGACUUCAAUAGCUUCAAGGGCCAUGGAUUUCGUCAGGGGUUUCUGGAGGAAGCAUAGGAGGAGGAUUUUCGUUACGGCGGGUUGUGUGGGAAGUGGAUAUUUGCUCUACAAGCUAUACAAUGCUCAUACUCGUAGGCUCGCAGUCUUGGAACAAGAGCUCGCCAUCGACCGUGAGAGUGAAGAAAUCAUCAAAACCCAGAUGAAAGCCCAUUUCGAGAACAUUCAGAUGAUUGCCGAUACGACAACACUGUCUCACGCAAUGCAGUAUUUGAGUGAUCGGAUAAGGGAAGAGAUCGAUGUCUCUAAUGUUAUGGAGAGCCUAAACAAAGGGAAAGGAACAUUGCCCCCUUCCGAGAAGCUUCAGCUUUGGGAUAAACUCAAGAUUUUAAGUUUCACUAGGAUGGUUUUGUCCUUGUGGUCAGUCACAAUGCUAAGCUUGUAUAUUAGGGUCCAAGUCAACAUUUUGGGCAGGCACUUGUAUAUCGAUACAGCAAGAGGCCUGGGCAGCUCCCAUUUACUUGAAGACUUAGAUCUCAUCGAUAGAGAUGACGAACAAAAAUUCCUUGCGAGCGCUGAUUUUCUCUCCACCAAUGGCAUGCCUGGUUUAAUUUCUGAUGUUCAGGCGGCUGUCACAGAAGUUCUUAAGGGAAAGCAGCUGAGGGAUGUUUACACAGCAAGUGUUCUUCAAGAAACAGUGAUGCAGAUUUUGGAUGUGUUCAUGAGCAGUGGAAGUCCCCAUCACUGGGUGGAUUACCUGAUGACGCCCCAGGAGACAAGAAUCGGCCCAAACCCUUCAGACAACCUCAAGGAAGUUUCUUCAUCUGACGUAACAGUGACCAAGUUCGAUCAACUCAUGGUUGAAGCCCGAGAAGUACUCACCAGCACUGAGUUCACCAACAUAGUGGAGAUAUCGUUGAAGUCGUUCAUCACAGCGUUUGUAGACGAGAUGGAAACACGGGAAGGUCUGGGCAUGGGGAUGCCAUUGGCGAAACUCCUACCGAGGAUCGAGGGGAUGAUACCGACGAUGACCACAGAACCGGGCAGGAACCGGUUCUUACAACUCAUCAGGGAUCAGCCUGAAGUUCAGCUCUUUUUCACUCUCUUAUACUCAAGCAUGCCCCAAUAGCUCUUUUAGUGUUUCAGAUUCAGUAUUGCUUCACCUCUUUCUUUUUUUCAAUCCUUUCGGUUGGGGCAUCAAAGUAAAAUAAGUAAUAUUGUUGUUACGAGAUUUCACAAAAAUCAAAGUUGAUUUUUUCUUUUCUUUUUA